GAUUUCACCUAAGACAUUUUCUAAAUAUCUCAAAAAAUUGUAAGUCAGAAAAAUCAGUUAUUCGAGUGAUAUUUUUUUGAAAAUACGAAAUACUGCACCAAUAUAACGCACACAAGUUCAUACUGAAGCUGCAGUGACUUUUAAAGAGAAUUAGUUGCUUCAACGGUGCCUAUGCAGUGAUUGAAUGUGAGUUGUUGUAUCACAAAUAUUCAAACUAGGAGUCACGGGAAAAUUGUAAAUCGUCAAGUCCACAAGGGUUUCCGCAAACAUCAAAGAGGCGGAUAUUCUGAUGUCUACUUACGCGAGUGGCUGAGAAACUAGAGGAGAUCCAACGACACGAUGAGACAUCGCUGGCUUCUAGCGGCGGUGGGGCUGGUGGUGGCGCUCGCUGGUGCGACGUUCGCAUCUUCAGGAGAUACAAAUUUUGCACCAGGAAAUUCAAGAGCCAGAAAUCUGCCCGAUAUUAAUUCUUUAAACGACAAUAUUGCGAACAUUGAGCACAAACAUCAGAACCGAAGUACGUCAGAAAAAUCUACAAUUGGAAAUGGGGACAUUUAUAAGAAAGACACAACCGGAGGUUCAUCAAUCGUCCGACGACGACGCGGCAGCAAGGUUCGUAGCAAAAGAGAUAACCAAUCCACCAGCUCUGCAGAAUCUGGGACGAAGAACCGAUUGGCGAGACUUAUUCAGUACUCAGGUUGGAAUCCUGUCGAUUUGAGCAAUCCUUUGAACAAUCAGCCAACUGUGUCAUACAAACCGCCUUCUUUACAGAAAGUUCAUUUCGGCAAAGAUCCACCUCCUAAAAAACCGUUGUAUCCUAUCGUCCCUGAAAAUCCACCUGUGUACGUUUUAAGGGAAAACAAAAAAGAACCUGAACUGGACGAAGUGUAUGGCACCGAGAAAAUCGAAUAUGUUCACAUAGAACCCAAAAGUAAAACUAUAAGUGCAUUUAAACCGGUCGGCAACGCAAGGGUUGUGAAGCUCGUUAAACGCCUUGACAACAUUCAAGGCAGUGACUUGAUAAAGAGAUCUCCAGCCAGCCCUCUCGACCUUAUAAAUUUGUCAAACAAUGGACCAAACUAUGAUGUUACCAAUUUUCAAUUUCCUAAUGUCUUCGAUAAUUUCACUGUGGACUUGGACUCGGCUUUUUCGGAAAAUAACCAAGAAGUUGUGAUACCAAGUCCGCUAUUGCGAUUGCUGCCCCGCAAGGCUUCUGCUCCGGAGCGUCAAUUGGAAGCCAGUGGGCGGGCGAUGCUUCCAACUAAUAUCACGCCGCAGCAACUCCUUCAAGCACGCUUGAGCCUGGCAAGAUUACCUUUCUUGAGUUCACUUCAGGGUUUAUUUGGAAGUUUCACCCAAAUCCCACUGGAAGUGCAUUCUAAACGCUCAGGGCUCCCUGCGGGAGACUCUGUGAUAGAAGAAAUUGUCCCACCAAAUAUGACUGAAGGAUCAAGAGACCAAGUGGAAUCCUCUGCAUCAGCGCCGAUUGGGACGGUUAUAUUUGCACGAUCUCGACAAAAAAUUGACAGGGAAGAUCUCGAAGAUUACUUUGACAAAAAUGACGAGAAUGAUAGGACACUUAUUGGCAAAUCUCCCUCAAGAAACUUGCCGAACAAAGGCGAAAACUCCUCGAAAACUUUAGCAGCCAAUAGCUUAUCAGAAUUGUUACAAAUAUUCAGACACAUCAACGUGACAGAACCACCACCAACACCUACAACAACUCCACCACCAGUAACGAUAAUGAAAGGUUUCAGAUAUACUAAACCAACUGAGGCUCCAAUGACCACAACAACCACACGACCAACUACCACCAAACGCUUCCGUUUACCCACUGCAGUUAGGUAUUUGAUGGGAAAACCAAAAAAGAAGUCUCAUGCGGAAAACUUCCCUUCUACCACUGCUACGCCACUUACCACCUUGAAGUCUGUUUUUCCAGCAAGAAUAAUUAUCGCACCAACUUUGACGCCGCAUGCAUCGAAGCCUUCAUCUGGGGUUCCAGAUCGCAUUUUCGACAACGUAGCCGAGACGAACUCUUUGGAUGGAUAUUUAUUUUCUGAUUCUGAACCCUCCCCUAAAUAUAUCAGGACCAACGAUAAGCCAGCCGUCACUCAAAAAGCUGUCGCAGCACCUUUAAAGAGUGUGCCUUCUAUAGUUAUUCCUAAAGCUUUGUCAUCGGAUAGAGAUUCGGUGAAACUCAUAGGAGCCUCUCGACCAGUCAACGAAAUAGUUCACACCAAGAACUCUGAGCCUCUGAAGUCAGAGUUUGAGAUCAUCUACACUAAAUCAGCGGAGACCACGACAACAAAACCUGCAAUCAAAGAUGACUCACCUUUCACAAUCAUUGAAGGUCACUCAAAGGUAAGAAUCUUUCGAUCAGACUCUAGCAGAAGUUCGCAGAACAUGACGGUAAGUCUGGCACCCGACGCUAAGUUAAGCACACAAGCAAGUGUUGAUGUCACGCCCAACACUCCUUUACCCAACACAUCAAUAUCUUCCUCCACAGAUAGCAACACGUCUGGCACAGUUGCCUCGCAUGUUGAGAAUGGGUUAAAUGAUUCAGUCACAGCAGAAGUUCAUGAUUAUGAUGAGCCAGAUUUUGAGAGCUAUGAUUACUUUAAAGAUAAGGAUUCAUUUCUUCACGUUGCACUUGAAGAAUAUGACGAUUUUCCCACUGACGAUGUACCAUCAUACACACUAAAACGUCCAUUGGCAUCAUCAGAUGGGAGCACGAAUGCCUCUUAUUUGUCAUUUUUCGAUCUGUCCGACCAGAAUUCAAAUUUGUCGCACAGAAAAAGUACGCAUAGAAACGAGCUACCGACGCACCCGCCUCCACCUUUUCACUUCAUUGAGGGACUUAGACAAAGCUUGCCCACUUCAGUUCCAACGACCUGGCAAGAUCUCGACCUUUCUGCUUCUGAUGUUCAUCCGAUUUUUAUCACCGCACCUCCAAGAAAUGAAUCUUAUGAUGGGAUCCAGCAAGAAAAAUUGCACGAACAAAGAGAAUUGAGUAUCAUAAGUAUGUCUGAUGCUCAGUCUUCACAUGCAAAUUUGCAACAUGAGGAAGAUGUGACGACGCAUAAUACAGACCAAAAGACGCAAGAAGGUUCACUGGUUCAGCAAGAAGUGAGUGCAACUGGUACAGCUCCACGGACGCAAGAAGGUUCACUGGAUCAACAAGAAGUGAGCGCAUCUAGCACAGGUCCGCGGACGCAAGAUGGUUUGUUGGAUCAGGAAGAAGUAGAGAUGUCUAAUGCAGUUGAACUGACACAAGAAGGUUCGAUUGAUCAGGACGAAGUGGAAUCGUCCAAUACAGCUCCAUGGAUGCAAGAAGGUUCGCUGUAUCAUGAAGAGAUGAAGGUGUCUAAUGCAGCUCUACGGACACAGGAAGGUUCAUUGGAUCAGGAUGAAGUGAUAGAAAAUAAACUGCCUGAAAACAGCAAAAAAGCAGCCGACGUUGAUUUAAUAGACUUCCAAGAAAAAGAAACGAGAACUGAUGGAAAUGAAUUUGGAGAUCACGAAGCCAGCCUAAAAGCAAUUCUUGAGUCUAUAGUUACGGAACCAUUCGAAUCCAGACCAUCUUGAAGUUAUUAAAACGGAAAAUAACGUUUAAGAUGACUUUAGUACUCCUAAAGAAACUUAUGAAAAUAAUGUAAAUUUUAUUUUUAAACUUUUCUGAAUAUUUUUAACCCGCUUAUUUGGAAAUCUAGUAUAAACCUCGUUACAAGUUCCACUUAACAAAUGUUUAAGUAAUUUUAGAAAAGACUAGUUCGUAAUUUAAUUUUAGAUUACGUUUUUCUUGUAAAUAGGUGUUUCUGAUUAGAUCCCCAUAAUUGUUUGCACUAAUGUAUAUGUUCACUGUUCAUACGUUUGAACGAUAAAUGCUCAUACAGAUCUUAAGAGAAUUACAUUGUUUGCUGUUCUUUACAUGAAUUUGUACCACUACGUACCAGUAUGAAUUGAAAUAUGUGUAGCCUUGUUGACUCCGGAAUUUUUUGAAAUAGUGAGAUUAAAUGAUAGUGAUUAAGAUGUAAUGAUAUAAUUAAAGACCACUAAUCAUA